GGCAGCCGUUUAUAUCCCGCUUCUUAGGAUUACAGAGGCACAAAGGGCAGAUAUGUUGCAUGCAUUUGGCCCGUUCAAGCAUCUUGUACCAAGCUUCAGCCUGCCGUCUCGCGAGUCGCUUACCCGCUUCUUGAAUGCCUAUUUUGAUGGGGUCUAUCUCCAUAUGCCCUUCAUCCAUUGCGCGUCAUUUAGCCCGGAAAAGCAUCCGCUAGAGCUAGUCCUGGCAAUGGCAGCAGCCGGAGCACAGUAUCGAUACCAACAUCGCACAGGCCGGAUGCUUUACUUUGCAGCCAAGGCCAUAUUCCAAGAGAAGCAGAGGGCCAAGGCCAGGGGAAUCUCAAGGGGUGAGCAGCUGACUGCAGAAUUGCCCGUAACCUCUGGGCCGUUUUCGUCGCGCCCAACCAUUACGGAUGACCUUAGAUGUCUGCUGAACCUGAUGAUUUUUGGUACCUGGCAGCAGGACCUUGAGCUUUUGCGGGACGCCUGUGAUUUUCAGAGUCUAUUUGUUCGUCUAAUGAGAGAGAGUGGACUGGUCGAGGAGGAUACUUCAGAGUCAGAUGCGUCGAACCUCAAUUGGCAAACGUGGCUUGAGCUAGAAGCGACGCGGCGGGUGAAGCUUUUUGGCUUCGCGUUUCUAAAUCUGCAGAGUAUCGCUUAUAACCUACCUCCUAUCCUCUUGAGCACUGAAAUCAACUUACGACUGCCGUGCACAUGUGACGAAUGGCGAACGGUCAACGAAAUGCACUGGAAACAAGUUCGUCAGAGUAUUCAUCACGAGCAGAAUUUUUUCCAGGACGCACUCGCAUCAUUGCUGGAUGAAGGUAAGGUUAUGCCUGUGUCUACAACGCAGCCGACCCCAUCGCCAACAGCCAGCAUCUUGACAUUGCAUGGUCUGCUGCAGCGCAUCCUGCUGGGCCGCCAAGCAGCCUUAUGCAAUAGUGUGCCUCAAGCAGACAUGUUAACGAAUGCCCUCCGUAACUGGACAUCCACAUGGCAACUCGCUCCAGAAUCCAGCCUGGACCCGCUGAACCCAAACGGUCCUAUCCCCUUUACCGCUACUGCAUUACUUGGUUUAGCAUAUACCCGGCUGCAAAUCGACCUUGGGCCGUGCCGAAAGCUAGAAACACGAAGUCCAGUCGAGAUAGCUCGUACCUUACAUCAAUCUCCUCCUGUGUCGCGUGAGAAAAAUCUUCUUCCAGCACUACUUCAUGCCACACACGCUCUUAGUAUUCCCGUUAAACUAGGCAUCGAAUAUGUUUCGCGCAGCCAGGCUUUCGUAUGGAGUAUCCAACACGCGCUUUGCGGGUUGGAAUUUGCGGUUUUGGUAGAAAAGUGGCUUAGACAGGUUGAAAGAACAAAGGAGGAGCAACCGUUAGAGGAGCACGAACGACUACUACUAGGGUGGAUCCAACGUGUGGUGGACGAAGGGCGAUCAUCCGUAGAUUUUGAAAUUGAUUUCCUCGAUAAUAGGGACUGCAAUCAAUUGGCGUCCUUUGUUGUCAAACUGUGGGCGAGAAUAAUGCGUGGAAAUGAGCAGUGGCCGUUCGUUGAUCUGAUAGGGCAAAGCUUGCAGUUAUAUGCAAGCGGUGCUGAUGUAGUCGGCGGAGGAUGA